GUUACCUUACCUUUUUUAUAUCUCCCUCCCUCUUCUCACCCUCACCCUCAUCACUCCUACUCUCUCUACUCAAACCCUAACCCCGAUCAAAUCAAGAUGCGCGAGAUCCUCCACAUCCAGGGCGGCCAAUGCGGGAACCAGAUCGGCGCCAAAUUCUGGGAGGUGGUCUGCGCUGAGCACGGCAUCGACGCCACCGGCCGCUACCAAGGCGACAACGACCUCCAGCUCGAGCGCGUCAAUGUCUACUACAACGAGGCCAGCUGCGGCCGCUUCGUCCCUCGUGCUGUGCUCAUGGAUCUCGAGCCCGGGACCAUGGACAGCCUCAGAUCUGGGCCCUACGGCCAGAUCUUUAGGCCCGAUAACUUCGUCUUCGGACAGAGCGGCGCUGGGAACAACUGGGCCAAGGGGCACUACACCGAGGGAGCGGAGCUGAUCGAUUCGGUUCUUGAUGUCGUGAGGAAGGAGGCGGAGAAUUGCGAUUCGCUGCAAGGUUUCCAAGUUUGCCAUUCCUUGGGAGGUGGAACUGGAUCUGGAAUGGGUACGUUGCUGAUAUCAAAGAUCAGAGAGGAGUAUCCUGAUCGUAUGAUGCUCACUUUCUCUGUGUUCCCCUCGCCAAAGGUCUCUGAUACAGUUGUUGAACCCUACAAUGCGACCCUUUCUGUUCACCAGCUGGUGGAAAAUGCUGAUGAAUGCAUGGUGCUUGACAAUGAGGCGCUCUAUGAUAUCUGCUUCAGAACUCUCAAGCUAACCACUCCAAGCUUUGGUGAUCUCAACCACCUGAUCUCUGCUACCAUGAGUGGAGUUACAUGCUGCCUCCGCUUCCCUGGUCAGCUGAACUCUGACCUCCGAAAGCUUGCGGUGAACUUAAUCCCCUUCCCCCGCCUCCACUUCUUCAUGGUCGGCUUCGCCCCCCUAACCUCCCGCGGGUCCCAGCAGUAUCGUGCCCUAACCGUCCCUGAGCUAACUCAGCAAAUGUGGGAUUCCAAGAACAUGAUGUGUGCUGCUGACCCAAGGCACGGCCGCUACCUCACAGCCUCCGCCAUGUUCCGUGGCAAGAUGAGCACCAAAGAAGUAGACGAGCAGAUGAUCAACGUCCAGAACAAGAACUCGUCCUAUUUCGUUGAGUGGAUCCCGAACAACGUGAAAUCCUCGGUUUGUGAUAUUCCUCCGACCGGGCUUAAGAUGGCGUCAACUUUCAUUGGAAACUCUACAUCGAUUCAGGAAAUGUUCCAUAGGGUUAGCGAGCAGUUUACUGCUAUGUUUAGGAGGAAGGCUUUCUUGCAUUGGUACACCGGGGAGGGGAUGGAUGAGAUGGAGUUUACUGAGGCGGAGAGUAAUAUGAAUGAUUUGGUUUCGGAGUAUCAGCAGUACCAGGACGCUACAGCCGAUGAAGAGGGCGAGUAUGAGGACGAGGAGGAAGGCGAUUACCAAGAGGCUUAAUCUGCUGCUUUGCUUAGGAGUUAUUAUGUUGGGUUUAUAUAUAGUAUGGUGUAAGUUUGUUGUUGUCUCUACUGUUGAGCAUGUUUCUACUAUGUGUUUUGGUGCUAUAUUCAGUACUCUGUAUUGCUUUAGCCUUUGAUUUCAUGUAUGAGAGAUGUAUUCUGUGUUGAGCUUCACUCGAUUGCGCGUGUCUGAGUAAACCCUGUUAUAUUGUGAUUAGUAUCUGAAUAUUAAAAGUUAUACUUUGCCUGU